UCAAACUCCAAACCCGGUUAUCAUUUCAACCCGGUCCUUUCAUCCCUCUUCGACUUCUCUAAAAACCCUAAAAAAUUUGUCCAAAAAUUCCAACAAAUCACCACCUGAAAAAAAAAAAAAAAAAAAAACACAAAAAAAUAUGAUGAAACAAUUUCAAGAUUCAAACCCACCACCACCACCACAGCCACAACAACAACACCCAACAGUCUGCGGUCAAUGUGGAAUCGAGGAAAAAAAGCUUCUUCACAAUGUCCGUCUACGUGGCAACUUCCGCCGUCUCUGCACCAACUGCGUCCUCCGUCUCCACCCACAAUGUUUCUGCCCGUCGUGUCUCGGUGUGUUCGAAAAAACCCCACCAGAAAACGCCGUGGUAUGUUUUAAAUGCUAUUCUUCAUCACACCCAAAUUGUGUUAUUUCACAGCCAUUAGGAGGUAAUGCACGUGGUCCGGUCCCGUGUUCGGUAUGUUUAAACCCCGGGUCACUUGUUCUAAAUUUGAAUGUUGGGAAUAAGGGUAGAGGAAUUGAUGGAAAUGCUGCUAGGUUGUUACUUGCGGCUGGCAAGAUAGCUGCGAUGUCGAUGAGUAAGGCGGAGGUCGCGGCUGCGAUGGAGGCGGAGAGGAGGGCGAAGGAGGCGGCGUUUACUAAGAAACGGGCUAGGGAGGCGUUGGAUCAUGUUGUGAAAAUGAUGGUUAAGGAGAAGAGUAGUGGAAAUGUUGCUAAGAAGAAGGUUGGUGUUGUUGUGAAGGAGAAAGUCGAUGGGUCGAAUGAGGUUGUGGAAGCGUUGAAUGCCGUUGAAUUGAAAGAAAGUGGACGGGCGGCGGGUGUUGGUGGGAUUAAUAAUAACAAUAAUAAUACUAAGAAUAAGAAUAAUAGUAAUGGUAAGAAUAAAGAUAGUGGGGUUGUGGUGAUGGAUGUGGAUGUUGUAAAUGGGAAGGUUUCCGGGGUUUCUGUUGUUGAAAAUGGGUCGGUGAAGAUGGAUGGUUCGGGUAAAGUUGUUAAUGAUGAAAAAGUAGGUAAUGGUGGUGAGGAACAGGGGUUAGGGAAGGUUAAUCCAAUGGGGGGAAGUAAUGUUGUGAGCGGCCCGAAGCAGGUGAGUUAAGGUGUAUGAUUCGAGUUGGGAUGAUCUUAGUCGGGAAUGGACUGCGUGUUUCGGUAGCGUUCUUUGUGAUUAUAGUUUGUGACAAAAACGUGUUAUUGUAUGAAUGUAAGCUUCUUUUGUGGAAAAUUUAUUCCCUUCAAUCUAGUUGUACAUUCUGUAUUAGUGAGUUUAGAUUGUUCUUUUUUUCUACAAUGGGUUUUUUUUUUAAACUCUAAUGCAUGCUUUUCGGAGAA